UCAGAAUGUGUUUUGUACAAUCAUGGGUAUUGUGAUCUGUUCGUGUCUUAGUGAUAAUUUUUACUUACAUUCUGUCGUAUAUAUAGAAAUUAUGGCCAUAGUAUCAUGGAACUUUAUUUUUUCUAAUUAACUUAUGUACAUAUUCAUAUCUAGCGCCUUACUAUAUAACUAGUUGCUAGAUCUGGGAACAAAAAAACAAGGAAUAUCAAGAUGAUACCAUCGGGUCAAAAAUUCUUGAAUGUGGACAUUUCACUAUUUCGAGCGAACUACGCUGCUUUAUUUAUUACGCUUUUCUCAUCAAUGCAAUGCUGCUUAGGGGCGGACCCGCAACAAAUUCAAUGCACACUCAUUGACUCGUGUUCCUGUCAAAGUGACCAGGGCAAAAUAGAUCUGUCACCCUUAGAUACCAAGGAUGCGAGCAAUCCAGCGUUCUUCAAUCAAUACGACGAAGCCUAUGUGGACCAAUAUUCAUUCAAUCCAUGUUCCAAAUUUACAUUAGAUGCAUCUUGUACAGAUGUAGCCGUAUGUCAGUCACAGCAAGGUGGGGCGUUCUACCCACUGGGGACUCAGGAUUCUGCCCAGUUUAUCACCGACCCAACCAAGGGAUUGGAAAUCCAAUACUCACAAGACUGGCUUUCAGUAACAAGGACAAGCCACGUCCAACUGCUCUGUGAUGAGGCAGCGGAUACACCUAUUCUCGAUGUCUCAGGGGAAGAUUCGCCUGGAUCUGCAAACUACUAUAUGAGCCUUACUAGUAAAUAUUGCUGCCCACAAGGAUCAGCGCCACCUGCCAGCUCUACUCAUAACCCAGAUGACCCCAGUGUCACGGUGGCUGUCUCUAUUAGCGUCGGCACGAUAUUAUGCAUAAUAUUGAUAGUGCUGCUGCCUCUUUAUGUAAUUGGUGGAAUGGCUAUAAAACGGCAACGCCAGGGAGCUAGAGGUGUCGAGAUGGUCCCCAACAUUGAGUUCUGGAAAAGUGUCCCUGGCUUAGUGAAGGAUGGCACGAUGUUCGUCGUGGGGAAAGUGACAAGAAAGGGAGAAUAUCAACGCAUGUAAAGAUGGUGUUGUGGUUCUCGUCAGCCAGGUUAACAUCCGGGACCUAUGCAUAUCUGCUUCGCCAAAUAUUAAAGACUCAAAAAGUAGAAAUUGAGCAAAUAAACUUUUCAGUUUUAAUUUUUAAGUAGCAUAGUCUUGUCGUCUGAUGGUCUAAUUAAACAUACAUUUCUCCUAAAUGUCUCACAGUAUUUGUGAAACAGUACUACGCUGAGAUUCUGAGUGGAAAACGUUCGACUUCACUUCUUAAAAGA